AAAUGGAUCUUUCGCACGCAAUUUCCGCAUAUGUGGGUGGGUUUUCAUGGCACUAAGAUUCUCCUUCCUGCAAUACAGCAUAUAUACUCUCUGUGUCUGUCCAUCUGAGAGUCACAACUUUACAGUGAGCACCAGGAGAGGUUUGCUGCCAAAAUGACUCAAACAGCACCUAUGAGUGCAAUGAAAUCCAGAAUGGAGGAAGCGUCAAAAAUGAAAGAUGAAGACAAACUUUACAAGCGAGAUGGGGUUCUCUACUCCACUAUCCUGAGUCCCCCAGAGACCCUGGAUAAGUUAAAAGACCUGCAAGUCAGAGAGGACGACCUUCUUCUGGUGGCAUACCCUAAAUGUGGCUUCAAUUGGAUGGUGGCAGUCUUACGCAAAAUCAUGAAUGCUUCUACUGGCAAAAACGAGGCACCACCCGAGAGGUCCCCUCUGGUUGAGUUUUUACCUCCGGAUGCUCAACAGAAACUGGCCGAAGCGCCUUCACAAAGACUUCUGGGAACUCAUUUGCAUCCUGACAACAUGCCUGCCUCUUUUUUUACAAAGAAACCAAAGAUUCUAGUGGUAUUUAGAAACCCAAAAGACACCCUUGUCUCAUACUUCCAUUUCAUGAACAAAAACCCAGUUCUGCCCAGUGCUGAGCCAUGGGACAAGUUCUUCUCUGAGUUCAUGGCUGGUGAAGUUCCCUGGGGGUCUUAUUUUGAUCACGCUCUUGCUUGGGAGAAACGACUAGAUGACCCUAACGUGAUGAUUGUGACAUACGAGGACCUGAAACAGAACCUAUCAGAAGGUGUGAAGAAAGUUGCUGAGUUCUUCAACUUCCCAUUGUCAGAGGAACAGAUCAGAAGCAUCGCUGGAGAGAGCACAUUCAGUGUCAUGCUGGAGAACUCGCAGAAGUCUCAUGGAGGUUUUGGACAAGUCUUCUUCCGUAAAGGUGAGGUGGGCGACUGGAAGAAUCAUUUUACCAAGGAUCAGAGUAAACAAAUGGAUGAGCUGUUCAAAAAUAAACUAGCUGGAACAAAACUAGGAGCCAGGCUGAAGUAUGACCUUUACUGUCAAUAAAUGUGAAGAUACAACAGAAGUUGCAGAAGAACUAACUGAUGAAUGUUUUUUAUAUCACACAGAUUGAUGUCCAUUUUUUUUUUUUAUAUAGUUUUGAUUUAUUGUUGAACAGUACAUUCCAUUACUACAUUACAAUUUUAUAAUAAUCAGCAUGUUUAAAAAAAAAAAACAAAAAGAAAAAAACUCACUUUAUCAUUAAAGCUACUGUUAUGUGUGUUUGCUAAUAUUUAUAUAUAAAAAAGUUCAUUUAUGUUUGUGAUUUUGUGAGUUUUUCAUACAAACAAACCAUUUUGAUUCAGACCGAUACGGUAAUGAAUCAUUCAGACUGAUUUGUAAAUAAUUUUUAUUAAUUAAUUGGAAAAAAUGUGACUAAAAAAAGUUCACUACACAAGAGCAAUAUUUUGCCAAUGAAAUAUUUUAGAAAGCAUGACCAGAAAAAUGUAUAUUCACUAUAGAAAUUCCAAUAACUUUUAAGAUUUUGUUCAUUCAUAUACAUUUUCCAGGUCUGGAAAACACAAUUUUAAAAUUCCCUGAUAAUUCCAGGUUUUCCAUGACCAAGGGAACCCCGUGUUCCUUCAAAACAUCAAUUAGUAGGUCAACACGAAAGGCUAAUUUGCCAUUGAGUUUUUAGAAUGGCGGUUUUCGAUUUAUGAGUAAAAUAAGGUCUGUGGUGAACAUUACUUUAAGAGACUUUAGCUGUAGUUGUGACAAGCUCAUCCAAGUCAAGACCAAGACCAAAAGAGGCAGAGUCUGAUACAAGACUCAUAUAGGGCUAUGCAAUCUUAUUGAAUGUUUUAAAUGUAGUGUAAACAACUAAACUGACUCUAGGCUCAUAUCAAAAAUACCUCAUACUGUAUAUUAUUUGCUUAUGUUGUUGUUUAAACAAUAUUACCAGUCAAAAAUAAAAAUUACAAAAACAAAA